AUGGAAGAGAAUGCGGAUCUCGCUCGGAACUUACUUAACACACCGGAUGCUAAGAAAAAAUCCCACAGAUUGUGGAAUCAACUGAAAGAUGUUCUUAACGAACAAGGUCCUCCGAUGCGGGAAGUGACAGAAUGGAAAAAGGUGUGGGCGGAUUACAAAUAUGAAGUGAAAAAUAAAUUACGACACAAUGUGAACAGCGUCAAGAAAACUGGAGGAGGUCCAAAUAAACAGAAACUUUUGAAUACAUAUGAAGAGAGUGUAGUAAGGUCUGCUGGGUUGAAUAUCGCUGUAUCCGGUAUAGCAAAAGCUAAGUCGUUCGGUUGCCGGAAGUCGCUUCAAACAAGUGCGGAAAAUUAUUCGGAUAAGUCCGAGACGUUCCAUGACAGCUCCAACCACAACCCACAGGUUGAAACCGGUAUUGAUGAAGAACAAAUGUGUUUGGAGGAAUUUCUGGAUGAAAGCACAGACAGUAUGGAAGUCAGACAAGCAGAUCAAACAGGAAAAGAUACUGAGGAAGAAUCGAAACAGAAAACAUGGGGCAAACGGACUAAUGCGAAACGAGAAAAAAUUGAGCUGUUGAAAAGAUAUGUUGAAGCAAAAGAGGAGAGUAAUAAAACGCAACAGGCCAUAUUGCGGAUUAAAGAGGAAAGCUUGGAAAUAAAACGAAAAAUGUAUGAAUUGGAGCUAAACAAAUUUGCCCUUUUGCAUGAAAGAUCUGAAACCGAUGAAUGA